AUGACAUCUUUCGUACGCCUGUCGCUGUUAUCCAGCGCCUUUGCCACUCUGCUGGCGACGGCUGCUGCGGCGCCGGAAUUCGAUGAUGAGGACGACGACGACUGGGCCAGGGCGGAGGAAGCCAGUCAAUUAAAGGCUCCGCGACCCAGGUCAAGCGCCGGAGGAGAGCCUUCGGCGAGGCAGUAUUCGUUAGGCGACGUGGAGCUGCGUCACAUAUAUAGGGAAGCCAUCAUCCUUGGAGCACUCCUUGCAUACCUCAUCUCGUGGCUCAUCAACCGGCAAAAGUACAAGCGUAUUGCUGAUGAGUGGUUCAAUAUCACGAAGGAUACGUGGAUCAGGAACUUUUCGCUUGUCGGAACAACGUACUCGCCUGGGCUGAUAAGGCAGGGACCUCGGGACUACCUCCUCUAUCUCAGUGGAAGGGCACACGUCCGGAGCGUCUAUACGAACAUAACGAUAGCAGCUCGCAAUGACCCAGUCCAAAUGAUACUGGGCUUGUUCUUCGAGAGCAUCCCUUACGACACAGCGGCAUUCACGGCCAGGCUCCCGUCCGCGGAAUCCGACUCCCAAGUGUUUGGCAUCUUUCUCAAAAAGCUCGUCCCACGAGUAAUGAGGACACGAUGGGACUUUAGAGAGCUGCCGAAGAAACGUGACAUGGCCAGUACUGCUGGACGGCUACCGUCUGAGGAAUAUGCGGUUUUUGCGGAGGCGCCGGAAUUCCUUGCGACCUUGUGGGCGGAACCCGAGAUCAGGGAGAUUUUCUGGGCUUCUGUUGGGCUGGAUUCGGAAGGGAAGGGUACCCCUUUCGACGAACCUCUCAUUGAAUCGGUUCUGUUGUCAGAUAUGCCGACGGAGGAGCCUUAUAAAUUGGAGGACCUGACCUCGCAACCCAAAACGCUGACCGUCACGUACCGAUUCCCCGACUUGACCAAACUGGACGACAAACAACGACAAGCUAUAGCCAAAGUCGCGGAACUUCCCGUGAUUCUUCUGGACUACAUUGGGCAGCAGGGCAAACUGUCUGUGGACGGUAAAGCAAAGAUUGCCAAAGUUCGGCAAGCGGCGUCGCAGAAAAUCCUCAGAGCGGCGGAGGCUGAGCGGAAGGAGGAGCUGGCACGACAGAAACUGCAGGAAAAGCGCGCGAGAGACGAACAAGUGACGUCGCGGACCCCGGAGGAGCAACGCAAGUACGAGGAGCGGGAACGGAAGAAGGAUUUGGCGAAGUCUCAGAAAAAGAAGAUGAAGAAAGGGAAAAUGACGCUCUAG